AUGCCUUUAGGAAUCAAUAAUCCGCUUCCUUCGUCUAUGGCGUGUAGAAUAUCCAAGCUGACAUCUAUUCUUUUACCAGCGGAAUGCAAAAAGUGUGGAAAGAUUUUGUCCUCAUUUAUUGAUCCACGACAAGCUUUCGGACCAGAUAAGAUUAUUCCACCACAUGUUCUCGCGCAAGCAAAGGGCCUCGCAAUCGUUACAGUUCUUAAAGCUGGUUUUAUCGGUUCCGGUCGUUACGGUAAUGGUGUCGUUAUAGCUCGUCUUUCCGAUGGUUCUUGGUCCGCACCCUCGGCAAUUGGUAUCGGUGGCGGCGGAGUGGGUGGACAAAUCGGUUUCGAGCUUACAGAUUUCGUUUUCAUUCUCAAUGAUGCUGCAGCCGUGCGCACCUUCUCUCAAGCUGGUUCUCUUACAUUGGGUGGAAAUGUCAGUAUUGCCGCUGGACCAAUAGGACGAAAUGCCGAGGCAGCCGGAGCUGCCAGUAUGAAGGGUGUAGCUGGUGUUUUCAGUUAUUCCAAGACCAAGGGACUCUUUGCUGGUGUCAGUCUCGAGGGAAGUGCAAUUAUCGAGCGAAGAGAUGCGAAUGAGAAAUUGUAUGGAAGAAGAUUUACAGCCGCUGAAUUACUUGGAGGCGCAGUCCGAGCACCACCAGCAGCGCAACCUCUUAUGAAUGUGUUGAACUCGAGAGCUUUCGCGGGCCAGAAUCCCGAUGAUGGAAUUUAUAACGAUAGCCCUGUUUAUGACGAACGACACGAUGAUGUAGUUUGGGAAGGCAGGAGAGGAAGUGCAUUUGGAGAAGGUACACAGAGAGAUCGAGGCGCAAGCUUAGGACAUAGUGACGAUUACGUCAAUCCAAAUCGUCCUCAAAGAGCAAGUACAUGGGCCGAUGAUAUUUACGACAGACCAACCAACGGAAGCAGGGCUAGAUCUGGUAGCGGAUUUGAUGAUGAUUAUGUGUAUUCUGAUAGUCCCCGUGCAGCUCCAAGUCAAUUUGGCGGUAGUGGAAAACCAGGACCAGGUAGACCUGCCGCGCCGAAACCAAAAUUUCAACCAAAGACAGCUAGUUUGAGAAGCAAUGAGGCGGUUGCGCAAUUUACAUUUGAUGCAGAUCAGCCAGGAGAUUUGGGAUUCAAGAAGGGAGAUGUUAUUACGGUAACAAAGAAGACUGAGAGUACUGAGGAUUGGUGGACUGGUACCCUCAACGGACGAUCAGGCAUCUUCCCCUCGAAUUAUGUCAAGAUGAGGGAAUAA